CCUUAUUUUUAUUAUUAUUUGGGGGGUACUGCCCUGAAGAAGAUGCUAGUGGGAUUCUCUUCUUCUGAUGCCAUGCCAGUCUUGGGUGCACAAUGCCCCUCUGGCCUAAUGAUGUUUUAGCCUGGAUUAUUUAUUAUUUUAUUUAUUAAAUGUAUGCACUGCCAGUUAGACUAGAGGCCCGUCUAACUAGUGCAGCAUCCUGCUCCCCAGAGGCACGUGCACCCGGAGGGCCAGGAAGCUCGCUCGUCGUUGUCCACGCACAGGUAUUUUGUACUCAGUGACGUGUCCCCUCUGUGAACCUGGAAGGUCCCGCUGGAAUCGGCCCUCCCUCCCACUGCAUCCCGCUCAGCCCUUGGAAAACCGCCUCGGCUUCGCCCAGCGCCCCCGUCCGCGCUGCGCGUCGGCCGGGCUCCGCUUCGGUCCUAGGCCCCCGCCGCGGCGCUUGGCAAGGGGGGCUCCGCGCCGGCCUCUUGUUUGGGGCGGCUGCUCCGCGUUGCAAAACAGAAGCGAUGCCGCUAGAGGGCUCUGGCCAUUGUCAAAAAAAGGAGAGGCAGAGAAAGAGGCGACUGUUCUCAUUUUCUCUCUCGCUGCUGCUGCUGCUCCCGCUGACGAUUUUGGGGGCUGAACUUCCCAGGUCAGCGCCGGAGAGCCUUGUUGUUGCUGCUUCUCCUCCUCCUCCUGCUUGCGUAGCAGCGGCAGCAGCAGCCCCAGACCCGGCGCCACCCCGACGGGGCUGCGGGAGCCUCCAGUUUUAAGAAAUCUCCUCGUUCUCCAGCCGCAUCCUCAAGGGAGAGAGGGACCUUUAUCAGCCUCGGUUGCUUUUCUCUCCCCCGCCCCCACUUCUUUCUUUUCUCUCUCCCCCCCCUACCCUUUUUAAUAUUAUCAUUUAAAGGAGAGAUCGCGAACUCUGCAGCUUCUCAGGGUCCCGAUCCUGAAGCCAGAGACUUCCAGAGGCCACAGCCUUCUGCAGAAGUGACUGAUGUAUUUUGCUGAGAUUCAGUGGGCCCUUCUGGACCCAUGCCAGAGACCUGUCUACAGGGACAUUGUGCAGGACAAUUAUGGGACUCUACUCUCACUAGAUGGAGGAACCAUGAACCCAAAUCCCCAGCCUGGAGGUGCAGAGGCUGCGCCGACACAGAAGCAGGUUCCAGGACGCCCUGAAGGCUCCCUUUACCCAGGCCAGAACCAGGCUGGGCAGCAAAGCGAGGAUCCAGGGAAAGGAUGGGCCAAGCCGCCUCUUCCUCCUCCAUUGCCGAAAGGCAACCCCAGUCUCCCACCCCGGGUCUAUAUGGGGCCCGGCCCAAGCCUGUGUGUCCAGUGUGGGGAGAGCCUUGCCCAAACUCGGCACAGUGUCGCCCAGCCCCAGAGAGCCCCCCAUCCUGCCGAUAAGUUCUACCCGUGCUCUGAUUGCGGGAAAAGUUUUGGCGUGAGCUCCCACCUCACCAUCCACCGGAGGAUCCACACGGGCGAGAAGCCUUACGAGUGCAACGAAUGCGGGAAGAGGUUCAGCCAGAGCUCCACCCUUGUUCUCCACCGCCGCAUCCACACCGGAGAGAAGCCUUACAAAUGCGUGGAUUGCGGGAAGUGCUUCUCUGUGAGCUCUCACCUGACCAAGCACCAGAGGGUCCACACAGGGGAGAAGCCGUACGAAUGCCAAGCGUGCGGGAAAAGGUUCAGCCAGAGCUCCACCCUUAUCCUUCACCAGCGGAUCCACACCGGGGAGCGGCCUUACAAAUGCGACGAGUGCGGGAAGACCUUCAGCGUCAGCUCCCACCUCACCAUCCACCAGAGAAUCCACACAGGGGAGAAACCCUAUCACUGCACGGAAUGUGGGAAGAGUUUCCGGCAAAGGUCCGGCCUCAGCACACACCAGAAAACCCACAUGGUCCUCGUGAGACCUUACAAGUGCCCGCCUUGAAGAGGGAACCAAGCUUUGGGUCGCAAACCACCAGCCUUUCUUGCCCGACGCUUUGCUCAGUGAAGCGACUGUGGCUGCAGACAGAUAGAAGGAGGGGAGAGUUGGCUCGCAGCCCGCAUUUUAUGAGCUUCGUUGGAGACUUGUGGGGGGCUGGGGGGCACUGUUAAUGCGAAAGGUACUUCAGGGGUGCCACCCUCCCGCCACAGUUGAGUUAGGGCCAUUCAUGAGAUCCCAACAUGUUCCUUCCAAAAAGCACUUCCGCUUUCAGUGCUAUUUCUUUCAAACCACAACACAGUGUUACGUACAGGGAACGUGGCUUUCUUUCCCAAGCUAGCAGUUUGGAGGGCUGUCUGAAAUGCAAUUUGUGUCAACUGUCACAGACACUAACCGGUUAUUUCCUGUGACAUCGCCAAUGCCAACUUAGAUUGGUUUUCUCCCCCUGAGCGGUCCUCAAGUGUGAAAAUGUUCCAGUAACAAUUUAAAAGGAAAGGAGGAGGUUAAGGGAGUUGGGUAGACUUCUCUUCUCCACAGCAAUGCUCUGCCAUUUUUGUAAACAUUUUCUUUUGCUUAGUUGCUCCUUUCUAGCUUGUUGUUUUCAAUGGUUUAUAUACAGUGAUUGGUGGUGGUUUUA